GAAAUAUGCUUGCCACCAGCGGUCAGUCAGCUUGGCGCUCAUGAUCCUGUAAGAUAAUAUCGCUGCAUCCCCGCAUCCUUUCUUUCUCUCUCUCGUGAUUUUGAGUCAAAUUUGAUGUCAUGGUUUUCAUCCCGUCUCGAGCUCAGCUCCAGCACCAGGCUCUCUCCUCCCGUGCUACCGACGGUAGCGAUGACUCCAAUGGUUCAGAUUGGAGUACUAUGCAGAUAACAACCCCAAUAAUUGUUGGCGUUGCACUCAUUAUUAUCUUUGCUGUAUACGUUAUGUGGGACAGAUGGUCACACCAUUUCAAACCCCACUUUCACCGAGUUCGAGAUGCAUCCAUCUCGAAAUUUUCCAAGAUCUUCAUGCCUCAAUACCGUCGUCGAGUACAGCAUACUAGCAUGCCCGUUACGCUGGAUGAGUCCAUGGUCACUCCGCGUUACACACGAAGAUAUCACUCGUAUGUUCGAUCGGACUCAACUGAUUCACAAACACCACUAAGAAACUCCGUCGAAUUCUCUUUCCCGCCGCCCAACGGAUAUCAUUCUGAUCCUUCUAACGGGCCGGCACCUGGGGGUUCUCGGCGACCUGAGAGGCGGUUAUGGCGAUGGUGGCGUCUUUUUGGUGUGGGUCCUCGAGAGGUCAAGCCAAAAGUACCAAGCCAUCGCUGGGUGGUAGAGGGUCCCGAUGAAAGUAGUACUGUGGGACACGGGGAUGGAUCGUUCAACAACCAAAGCGUUGAGGCGAGACAAAGAUGGGCGAGCGGUCUUGCACCGGUGCAUGAACAGACGAGUGAUGACGAGGGUGACUCCAGUCGAGGGAUUUAUGGCGGGGUGAUCCAAAUUGGAGAUCCUGAUUUCUCCACUGCACACUCAGCAACACCGAUGAGUCCGACAGACCACCAAGGUUUUGCGAUACCUGCGCCUCCUGGGUCAGUUCCUACAUCGGCCAGAACGGCUGCACCGGAAUACUACAGUGCAGUCGAAGGUCCAUACUCGACAUCUAAUUUGCAGGCCAUGACAACCGCACCAACAACUUAUAUUCAACAAAGUUCCUCCACCCCGGGACCUACCCACUCCAACUCGCCUGCCCCUCCAAUGUACAGUUCUGUUUCAAAUAGUAGAAAUUCUACGGAGAGUUUCGCCUAUCCUGUCAACCCUGACCUGACGGCACUCUAUCCAUGGUCGGUGCGCGCUGUGGGACGAACUCUCCCGCGUAUGUAUCAGCAUGAACGACAGAUGUCGACGGAGAGCAUGCUUGCGAACUCUUCCCCCAUGGUACCACAGAGUAUGUACUAAUUGAUCGCGUUCCUCGAGGGUGAAUAGACGCCAGUGGACACUACCCUAAAAAAUGAAGUUUGUGUAAUUGUUUUUGCAUUCAUUACCACUCGUAGCACCAUGCCUGCCUCCCUGCUUCAUGCAGCUCAAUGGUGUCCUUUGGCCCAUGCACGCCUUUCAGCACAGUCUCACUGCUUCACGCUCGUCCGCUGGCAUAUCUUUAUACUACAUAUCUUGCUGCUUUGCCAUGUCUUUGGCACUCAGGACUCAUUCAUCUCUUUGGUUGUAUCUUUCGUAGUCACUGUAGUGUGCUUAUCUGUUGUACCAGCGCUAUUCUGAAGCUCCAACUAAUCAAUUGUAGUGCUGUUAUCCGAG